ACUCGGUACAUAAGUGUCUGUGAAGGGGUGACGUCAGAGGUGGAGAUGUCAUGGCGUUGUCGGAGCUGAGACUGGAGCUUGCCAUCUAGUUAAAGGUUGUCGUCGAUGCGUUCAACGAAAUGGAGAAGAAUGCAAACCCUCAUCGAGACGCGGGAGGAAGUGUCCUGUGCACCGCUAUCCCCGCAGAACCCGCGGACAUCAAAACAGUGGGCGGAAUGAAAGAUGUCUGCGAGAAGAGAGAGACUCUGACUACUUGUGCAAGUGCUAGCGGUGCUAAUGCUACACCCUGCACACAGACAUCAGAUGCUACUGAGACCGUGAGCAAAAGCGGACAGCCGAACGUUUUACCACAGACGCCGUCGCCCGGUGCAGCGGAUCAGCUGAGUAACGGGAUGGGACACGAACCGUCGAUGACCGCUGCUGGGAAUAAAGAGGGUGGCAUCUCAAAGUUAGUAAACAGCCCCACGGGAGAGCAACCCGACGCCAAGAAUGUGCAGGCGGACGGUUUGGAUGGAGGGGCGCAAAAAGCGACGGAGCUGGCCAAGUCUGCUUAUUUGUGUGCGGACAAAUUAAAAUCUGCGAGCUCGAAUUCAAACGAUCACAUCGUUUCCGAGGGUCCUCCGAGCGGGAGUGAGCCCAGCAUCGCGGGAGAGUCCCGCAGCUUUGAUUCACUGGAGUCCUUCUCCAAUCUGAACUCCUGCCCGAGCUCAGACCUCAUCAGCGAAGGGCUGGAGGACAAGGGACUGGCUUUGGCAAUUGAAUACGGGGCUGAUGGAACGAAAAUCCCCUGUCCGAAAGACAGGGUGACCGGUCAGUCGUUGUACCACAUCAAGUGGAUCAAGUGGAAGGAGGAGAACACGCCUAUCAUCACACAGAACGAGAACGGCCCGUGUCCGCUGCUGGCUAUUAUGAAUGUCCUGCUAUUGUCAUGGAAGGUCAAGCUGCCACCAAUGAUGGAGAUAAUAACAGCAGAGCAGCUGAUGGAAUAUCUAGGAGACUAUAUCCUUGACGCAAAGCCAAAAGAGAUCUCGGAGGCUCAGCGGCUGAACUAUGAACAGAAUAUGAGUGAUGCUAUGGCAGUGCUGCAUAAACUGCAGACAGGUCUGGAUGUAAACGUUAAGUUCACAGGUGUGCGGGUAUUCGAAUACACACCCGAGUGCAUUGUCUUUGACCUGCUGGAUAUCCCACUCUACCAUGGAUGGCUGGUUGACCCACAGAUGGCUGAUAUAGUCAAGGCAGUGGGAAACUGCAGCUAUAACCAGUUGGUAGAGAAGAUAAUCAGCUGUAAACAGUCAGACAACAGCGAGCUGGCUGGGGAAGGUUUUGUGGCAGAGCAGUUUCUGAACAGCACAGCGACUCAGCUAACAUACCACGGCCUGUGUGAGCUCACUUCUACUGUAGAAGAGGGAGAACUGUGUGUCUUCUUCAGGAACAAUCACUUCAGCACCAUGACCAAAUUUAAGGCCCAGCUGUACCUGCUGGUGACGGAUCAGGGGUUUCUCACUGAGGAGAAGGUGGUCUGGGAAAGUCUGCAUAAUGUCGACGGAGAUGGAAACUUCUGCGACUCAGAGUUUCAUCUGAGGCCACCCUCUGACCCGGAAACUGUGUACCGUGGUCAGCAAGACCAGAUCGAUCAGGACUACUUGAUGGCGCUGUCUCUGCAGCAGGAACAGCAGGCCUCAGACCUGGGUUGGGAACAGAUCCCAGAAGGCAUCAGUGAUCUAGAGCUGGCCAAGAAGCUGCAGGAGGAGGAGGACCGCAGAGCUUCACAGUACUAUCAGGAGCAGGAACAGGCACAGGCAGCAGCGGCGGCGGCUGCGCAGGCACAGGGACAACAACCAGCAGUGGAUGCCGACCAGGUGGAUAAAGUAGCAGCUGCUGGAGCCUCAGCGGGGGGAGCCAUGGCUUCUCCAAGCCCUGGAAAACAGCCUUUAACGGGGGAACGCAAACCCAAGAAGGAAGCCAAGGACAAAGACAAAUGCAUCUUGUUGUAACAGCACUGGCCUCUACGUGGAGUUUGAAAUGGGCAGCAGUUUAAUUCCAGUGGCUCUGCAAUGCAUCUCCCAGCCUGAGGUGGAGAAAGAUUAGACGACAGAGAUGAAGUGUGAUAGACGGAGAGGACUUGCCAUUCUCAAGCCACUUGUGCCUGACUUUAACCCUCAGAGUUCUGAAGAUGCAGACAAGAAGAGAGGGGUGUCACUACAAGGACUAUCACUACAUCUUUCGUAGAGCUGGCCAAAUGUUCUCAGCAGGAAAACCACUUCAGUGCACUACUUUGUGUGGGUUCACCAGGAAGUUUUUUUGUUGUUGUUUUUAGUAAAACAAGGUAAUGCACACAUAGCAGUAGUCAAAAAGACCCCCCCCCCAUGGCACUACUUUUUUUCAUUAUACAAAGCGUUUUCUUUUUUGUGAAUUUCCGUUAUUUGCUGUUGUUUAUAAGCUAUUUUCUACCAGGUUGCCCCUACAUAUGCAUAUGUAAAUUUGUUGUAUUGGUCAGUUUCUUUUAUUUAACUGAAGGAUACCUGAGAUCUUUUAAUGAAUGGCCGUUCACAUGAAAAGGUAGCAAGCCAAGAAGUCAUUUGGCAAAGGUUAUGUCUCAGGACAUGAUGUAGGCCAUCAUAGUUCUUUGCCUGGCAGUUUGAUGCCAAAUUUUUCAUUGUUGAUAUUGUAGGAGAAGUGACCUCAAUUUAAGACGGUGAGAUCUUGAUGAAACAAAUGCUUUUAAAAAGGGUUUCCUUAUUAGGCAGUAUAAAAUCCAGUUUGUUAUUUAAAUGUGUCUACAAAAGAAUGUUUGCAAAUAGGACAUUAACUGUUAAUAUCAGUGAACAACUGACACUACCAUUAAUGUAAAUAGCUUUAAAAUAUCAAGAUCAGUAGAUUAUAUUAAAUUCAUGGUCAACUUUUACCUUUAAAAGUUUGGUUCAUAUUUGACUUAUAAAAUGAUUAGGAUCGUUACCAUGAAAUUUGGCAUUGCUCCGUGAACUACAGUGUUAAUUGCCCAAAAAAACGAAUGGUUCUUGUAAAGAAAUCUUAUCUUUGUUCAUAAUGGUUUGUUUUCCGCAAAUGAAAUCGGUUUUUACAAAGGGCCGAUGUUGAUAUUGAAAUAUGAAGAGCAGGUUGGCCAGUUCUUGAAAGUAAUAGCAAGAGGAAAUUUAGCACUUCUGUUAAUCGGGCAAGCUACACUGUUAUCGCCCUAUGGUGAUAGUCUGAAAAUGGACACUGGCCGAAUAGACGAGCUGACCGAUAUAUCGGCUUAUCACUAGGUCUAGCUGUAAUUUUCACACUCUUUCAUGUACAUUGUACAUACUCAUAUAUGCUAUAUGGAUGUAAGGUAGGAAAUGAUUACUUAAGCCCAUUCUGUUCCAGUGCUGCCUACUAAGAGACAAGGUCUUUUCUAUCCAAACAUUCCAGCUAAAUGCCUUGAACUGAGCAGUGUACUGAGGUUUAGGCUCAGGGAAACGCUAAAGUUGGGCUAUUUUACCUGUUGUUCUGCUCUCACAAUGCAAGAAUGAACAACUCCUGCAUGUAGAUGAGCUUUAAGAUGGUGAAGUCAUCAGUUUUCCUGGUGGUUGACGUUACAUGCGAGCACAGAAGAUGCCGUUUAUGCUAGUCAUGGGCUGGAGCUGUUCAUUUGACAUUUGGUCCCUCAGUUGCCAAUACUCUCUGUAUAUAAAAAGCCUUACAAUAUUUACAGUAUCUUUUAUACUGACAAAAAUAGGAGAGACAAGACUGAGACAAUCUGUAGACCUUACCAUAGACGGAAAACCGCACAGGCCUUCACAGAAGGAACAUAUCCAUGAGUGUCUUGCAAACAGUUUGAUGUGUGUUAGCUUACUUGGUAACAGAUAUAGAUUCAAAUUGUGUUAAAUCUGAAACACAGGGUUUUAUUUAAAAUAGGCCACUUUGUUAAGGCUAGUUUGCACCAGAAAAAGACAGUUGCGACACUCUUAUAGACUCCCAUUGGAAGCAGGGAAUGUGGAAGUUCCAAACAUAAUAUUUCCAGCGCUAAACCCCAUGCAUUUCAGUGUGUACCAAGCACAUUCACUGGUAAUUUGAUUAAAGGACUGCAUUUUGUGACUGAGUUAGUUUAUGUUCUUCGUUAGAUAUUAACAAGUUAAAUUCUAAUGUAGUCUACGCUAUAGAAGGAACCCCUCCCCUGGCAACUAUCGGUUCCACCUAAACACAUUAAAACAGAUUCUUAGCGCCAGUAACUACAUGAACCAUAUGAUUACAUUGCGGUGAGAUCAAAGGUGUCGCAACCCCUUUCAAUGGCUCUAACUGGUUCACAUUGAAGUAGAGCCAUGUUUAAUUUUUAAAGCGUUCCAUAAAACAAUAGGUUACUGUCAUAACACCGGUUCUCUAAAACAUUGAGUGGAGAGAUCAACCUAUGGGAAGGACAUCCGCCCCUAACCUCUGCAGAAACAUCCAGUUGUACCAAGUCUGGCUAGACAGACAGAAGCGCGCAGCCAAUGCCAGGUAAGGUACCACCCCCUUACCUGAGAGCAUACAUGGGCUGCACGCAUCACUAAUCUCCAAUAAGUAUAUUCAGUUCUUGUGCGGCAAGUGGGGCAAAGCUGGUGGAUCUCUCCACUCAAUGUUUCAGAGAACCGGGGUUACAACAGUAACCUAUUGUUCCCUUUCAUCAUUUUGUGUUUGAGAUCCACCUAUGGGAGAGACAUGGACAGGUCCCUGAUCGCAGCGUACGUGAACAUGAUGCCCCUGCAGGUGAGGCAGAAAAUAAUUCAGAACUUUCCAUAUGGUCAAAAGCUCUAAAUAAUUUGUGCGCGCUGAACGUAGUCUGCUCGGCCACAAACCCUGCAGUUUGAGAUAUGUGUGAUAUCGCACUGUCGCUCCCUGCCUGAAGUGUAAGAGGAAAUUAAUUUGUUAGAGAAUGCGUUCUUGUGAGAGAUGUGUGCUUAUUGUACUAAACUCAGUUCAAGCCCCAGAAAAAUAACUUUGAGCUGGAGUGAAAUUGCUCUUGUUUACCUUCACCUUCACUGUGAUGUGAGCAAGCACACAGGCCAUGUUCUGCAUCACUCUCUUUUGAGAAUUGGCUAAAAUCAGCCAAUCAUCUAUAUAUGUCAGGAUUUUGAGCUCCGCUAUUCUUAGUGGCUCCAAACCCGCCUCUGCACACAGACAAACACAAAACACAGGGAUUGAGUGCGAGCCCAAAUGACUGUGAAUUUGUAACAUAUGCCUUGGUAGGCGAAACUAAGAAACUUCCUGUGUGGAGGAUAAAUGCUCAUGUGGAAAAAAGGCAUCUUUCAGAUCAAUCCAUGUGAACCAAUCAUUUUGUUUUAUUGCACAAGAGAAAACGUUGUGGGUUAAAAUUCAAAAAUGUUAUUUCCUUUUAUUUUAUUUUAUUUCCAUGUCCAUGUUAAACCACUGCGGGUUGGCACCCGAAUGAGGAAAAAGGGGCCCUCAGGUUGAGAACUUUCUCUUCUUGUACAAUGGAGAAGAACUACUCUAACUUGUGUCCAAUGGGCUGGUCGCCCAACUGCAAAUGGUUAAACUGGUACUGAAAAGCCCCUGGAGCUGAACAUCAGGUAGGCCACUUUCUGUUGCCAUCUGAAGACGUAGAGUUGAUGGGCUUCUUAGCUGCAGCUGCAGCGUAAGAUGUCUUACCCCAGGGCUUCACUGGCUGUUUCAGCUGCUGGCUAGGUGGCCUGUUGCAAGCCUUGGGUUUGGCGGUGUUAUGAUAUGCCCGUCCUGUGGCAAAGAUUUGAGGGGGCUGAGCUGGGGGCUUCUGCGGAGUAUAGCUUUCCUAGGCAUCACAGCUUAAACACCCCAUUAUCAUCACACCGUUGUUGCAUGACAGCAACAGCAGAGCCUAAAAGAACCUGGCCAGGUUCCACCGGAGCACCAGGUAUUCGUCUUUUCUCGCUGCUGGGCAGACCAGAGAGAUUUAGCCAGAGGCCUCGUUCCCCCACAACGGACAGGGACAUUCGCAGGACCAGAUCAUUCAUUGUCACAAUCUCCUGCCACAGCGUAGGGUGAUGGUGAGCCCUUCUCCAAAUGUUUGCUCCUAUCCUCCAAUAGCUCCGCCUUGUAGAGGAGAGGGAAACAUUAAGUGCUUGUACAGAGAGAGCAGACACCUUGUACAAGGCCUGGAAGACAGAAGCUGGAAAAGGUGCAUCUUUUUAGGGAGGACUGGCAUCGGGGGUGCCAUUAGACCUCCCUGAAAGGGGUUAGGAUGUCUUGCAAUCAAUGGUGGGAGGGUAUCCCAUACAACACGCUGACAUAUCCUUAACUUCAAGACCCGCGAAGCCAUGCUUCACAUCGAGUUUAAGGAAGUCCCCUUGGUGGAGCGAGGCAAUGGCUGAAGUUUUCCAGUAGUGGAAGCGCUUCUUCCGCAUGCUUUAACCCCGUGCACACAAUUCAGAAAGGAUGGGUAUACUUGCGGUGAUGAAGGAACUGCAGGCGGCAGGGCAUGCAUGUGACUGCAAGCUCGAAAGGGUAACCAGGAGCGGAUAGUUUUGUAUUUUCCACUGGAGAUGUGAAAGCGCAAACACAGGUGGGCAGCCUGUGGAAAAUCGAGGUAGCGAGCAUGAGUGGCUUGCAACCAAGAAAAAGAAAUCGCAACAAAACUAACGUUCUAUCAUGCCUGGCGGAAGCUGAUCAGGAAUAGAUAUUCCUCCUGUUGACUGUAGUGAAGUCAGCAAAACUGCCCAGCAGAGAGGCCGCGGGAAGCUAAUAAUAACUGGAGAUUAGUGAUGCGUGCAGCCCAUAUGCUCUCAGGAGUGGGGCCUUACCUGGCAUUGGCUGCGCGCUUCGGGGUGUCUUGCCAGACUUGGUGCAAUUGGAUGCUUCUGCAGAGUUCAUGGGCGGAUGCCCUUACCAUAGUUCGAUCUCGAACACAAGAUGAUUAAAGAGAAUUCUUAAUGCCACUUGUAAACUGGACAUUUUCUGAGGGCUCUGUUCUUCAUGUAAUGUUAGACAAAAAAAAAAUCAAUGAAAAUUACACAUUCUAGAACUUUUGUAUAAUGCGUGCAAUUUUAAAAUAACUUAAGCCUAUCACUCAUAGCCUGAUUUUCAUCCCUGUUAAAUUAAAUUCAAUCUGACUGUCUAUAGUCCAGUGGUUCCCAAUCCUUGUCCUGGAGAACCCCCAUAACUGCACAUUGUAGAUGUCUUCCUAUUCAAACACACCUGUUCAACUUAUCAGCUCAUAACAGUGAAGAAUCCAAGACAGGGGUGUUGAACUCAAUUCCUGGAGUGCCGGAGCCCUGCAGAGUUUUGUUCCAACCCUGCUCCAACACACAUACAAUGUAGUUUUCAAAUUUGCCUGAAGGACUUGAUUAAUUGGUUCGGGGUGGUUAAUUAGGAUUGAAUCUAAACUCUGCAGGGCACCAGACCUCCGGGAGUUGAGUUUGACACCCCUGCUCCAAGACCUCAAAAUGUGUGCGUCAGAUAAGAGAGACACCAAAGACGUGCAGUGUUGGGGGUUCUCCAUGGACCAGGAUUGGGAACAACUGGUCCACACCAACAGAUUAAAACCAUGUGCUGCAUUUCUGUCAUCUGCUGCUUUAAACGCUCAAGCUUUUUAAAGUUUUCAUUGUUUAUCAUCUGAAAAAAAAAAACAUCUGUCUGAAAGUAUUCCAAUGAUAUUUCAUCAUUUGUGAAAUACCCUAUAUAAUUAAGAUCGCUUAGGAAAACUUUAUAGUUAUCCUUUAUAUGAACAGCCCUUUAAACUUUAUAGUUCUAACUACCAUUUCAACCCCAAUUGGGCUUUUAAGAGAAAUAGUAUAUAUUUUAAGUUGUUCUUGCCCGAGAUUAAUUAGUUGUCAUCUUAAUAGUGUUAAACCAGAAAGUGCAAAACGGUACGUUUUAGUCUGUAUUUGUCAUGUUCUUAUCAUUCCUGAAGGUACACUAUAAUGUUAUGGUUUCAUACUACACAAACUAGGUAUAGAUUCACUUUCAUAAAUAUCAGUAAUCUUCUUUCACCUCUGCAACUGGUGUUAAACUGUAGGAAGCACAAGCUUGUCAGUAUAGAGUUGGGAGAGAAAUGCUUUGAAGGGUUUCUACUGAGAUUGGUGGGGUGAAAUUGGAUAUAAGAUAAAAUCAUCCAUCUUCAUCAAACUUGGGAAAACAGACUUUUCAUUCUGUAAACAAGCUAACACUUAUGUUCUGAUUCAAACACUUCCUCAACUGAUACACUUGCAGGUAAGGUUAAAUAUGGGCAUUCCAAGGUGUUUUUGAUCAGUGUCAUGUCUGAUAAAGGAGUGAUUAAGGACAAUGUGCAACAGACUUCUCCAGCACACACAACAUGUACCCGCUGUGCAUUAGCUUGUUAUUUGUAUUGAUUGCCAAUAACGUUUUUCUUCUGUAAUGUGCUUCAGCUUUAACCAUUUGCUUCGAAAGUGAUCUUAUUAACUGCAGAUGUGUAAAUUGUCACAAGAAUGUGUUACUGGUAUACAUACUUAUAUGUCAUAUUUAUAGAAAGGAUUUGUGGGUUCAAUCUCCAUGAAGAAAAUAGGAAGUCCAUUUUAAAGAGUAAAUAGAUGGGAAAUGGCUUGAAACUGUUUAAUAUAUUUAACUAAUGCUAUUUUUAACCUUAAAAGUAAUAUCACUAAAUGUUCGAAGGCCUUGUCUGCUUAGUUGGCCAUUGGUGUGCGGCACCCACUGAAGCUCCAUUAUAGGUCCUAGACCAUUUUAGUUCUUUAUGCACUGUUACAUGGAAUGCACUAGAUGAGAAAUAUACCUCUUUUUAUACAAAAUUACAGCCGAACCGGAUUCAUAAAAUCAUUUUUUGCAAUAAGGCUUGUACUUUUGGAGCUUAAAGAACUGAAUACAAAUACCUUUCUAAUGGUUGAUUUCCACCCUAAAUGCUGCCAUUUAGAUGCUGUGUUCCUUGCCCUUCCAGAUGUACAUGAAAUGUUUGCAAGAUUUCUCAUGCAUAUAAUUUGAUGUUUUCAUAUCUUAGUGCCAUCAAGCGAUAUGGGAUUGAAAGCAAAAAAGUUGAUCCAUGAUGACAGGGCAUUACAGAGGGUGAUGAUAUUAAUUUCAACUGAUAUUGAAAUGCCACACAUGCUUUCUGUCAAUAAUGGGAAAGGGAAAGUUUUCUCCUGGUGCGUUUAUCUUGUCAAUUUUACUGGGUCAGUCCAUAAUGGAAAUGCCGUUGUGAUGCAUGUUUAACAGCUGAAUACAACAUGUACUUCGAAAUCAUUUUAUGAAACAGUCCCAUUACAAUUUCUAUUUUAUAUCCUUUAUAUGUGUAUAUUUACACAAAACAUUUUAACUUAGCAAACAGAAGAAAAAAAUCUGGAUACUUAGAAGGGUCAACCUUUUGUUGCGUGUAAGGUUUAUUAAUGACCAAAAAACAUUUAUGUAGCCCAAUAGUGUCAAAAGUAGAUGGACAACUUUUCUGUAAUAAAUGCCUUAGACAAGGGACGAUAUGUCUGAAUAAAGGAAAUCUGGUUCGUGA